CAGUCACUAGCUAGGUGUUGGAGUCUACAACAAACGGGUGGUUGGAUACCCUUUUGUUUUAUUUAACCUUCCUCAUGAAGGGUAGAUGUGUAUGUGUGUGUGGACUCACACCAUAUACCAAUUUUAUAUAUUUUUCCACAUUCUUCUAAAAUCUUCCCUUAAGUAAUUAAGUGUCACCACAAUAUUUUCCUUACUCUCAACAACACCAAAAGCCUCAUUCUAAUGGCACCAAGAAAAGAUGGAUCAACCAAAAAACCAAUGAAUAGAGGAGCAUGGACUCCAGUGGAAGAUCAAAAGCUAGCUCAAUGCAUUCAAACUCAUGGUGCUAAGAAGUGGAAAACUGUUGCAGAUAAAUCAGGUUUAAAUAGGUGUGGAAAGAGUUGUAGGCUAAGAUGGUUGAACUAUCUAAGACCCAAUAUCAAGAGAGGGAACAUAUCAGAUGAAGAGGAGGAUUUGAUAAUUAGGCUUCAUAAACUUCUUGGAAACAGGUGGUCUUUGAUAGCGGGGAGACUUCCGGGACGAACAGACAAUGAAAUCAAGAACUAUUGGAAUUCUCAUUUGUGCAAAAAAGCCAGUCACAUAGAGGAAAAACCAGAAACUUCCACAACACAAGAAACUAUAGCCCAGAACAAUAUUGUUGAGGACAUUGUCAUGUUAGAGAGUAAAGACUCAAUUAGUGGAAGUGUUAAUUCGGAUGUUAGCUUUGAUGUGAAUGAAUUCUUAGACUUUUCCACUGAAGGAUCAUAUGGGUUUGAUUGGGUGAAUAGGUACUUGGAAUUUGAUCCGAUUCAGUUUCCUGAGAACACAAAAAGAUCUGAGUAAGCAUUCUUGUAGAUAAGUAGCUCCAGUGAAGAAGUUCUACUUUUAAGUUACAUGAUCAUAGUGUCUAUGUAGGAGUUUUUUUCUUUCUAAGUUGUUCUGUCUUUUUUUUUUUUUUUGUUAAUUGCUUUUUACAAUUUGAAAAUCAUGGUUGUUGUUAAAGUAAAUAUGUAAUGAAUUGUGUCAAGUACAAUAGGAAAUGUCAUAGCACUGUUGUUGAUGUCUUCCCAUUACUACUUUCUAUAUUUGCUACUUUUUUAGCUUUGUAAUUGAUAUUUUCCAAACAA